GGUUUUAAAGGAUUUCAGGGGGUUACCGGGGAUUUCUGGGGGAUACAUGAGGUUAAAGGGGGUUACAGGGGGUUAAAAGAGGUACCAGAGGGUUACAGGGGGUUACAAGGGGUUACAGAGGCUUACGGGGGGUUACAGGGGGUUACAAGAGGUAACAGGGGGUUGCAACGGGUUACACGGGCUUACAGGAGGUUACAGAGGUUACAAGGGAUGACAAGGGGUUAGAGUAGGUUACAAGAAGAAAUUAGGUAACUAUGCUAGCCACACAGAAGAAAAGCUGAUUUCUUUUUAAAAAGUAGGGAGGAAUUUGUUGUUUACUAUCGAAAUGAAAAAUAUUACAAACUCUUUGAGGGUAAUGUAUUAACUGGGUAAAUAUUGAGACAAUACAGGUCAUCUUACUAUGUUGUUGUGAGUUUUUGAGAAUAAUUAAGUGUACUAUAAGUUUUAAACUGUUAAUAAGCCAUUCAAAUUUAAAGAUCAGGGCAUUGUAGCAAAAAGGAAAGACUAAUUUGGCUUUUAAAUUCAGGGAGUGACUGUGCUUUUUUUUCCUGGUAAGAAAGAUUGUUUCAGAGCAUUGCAACACUACAUUUAAAACUGCGUUUGAGGAAAUUAGUUUUUGGCCUUGGAAGUAGUAGAUAAGUGUCAAGACUACUAAGAUUGUAGUUGGGUUUACUAUCGUUGAGUUUUGUAAAGGAGGCUCUAUGAUGGGGUGCUUAUAUUUUGUCAAUGUAGAGCCCUAUUCAGCUCAGUGUUAUUUCUCCAGAUUAUUGUAAACAAUGUCCUAUAUUGCUGUACUGUAAAUUUUAGCCGUGACAAUUACUCUUUGGCGAAUAAAAAUCUAUUAUUUUAUCGAUGAUUUUUUGUCUAUAUAAUAAAAAGAACAUUACACGGCAGCUUGAAGAUAUGAAUUUUAUUUUCUCGUGGCUGCGCUCGUUCGUAAAAUAUUGUUUUGCCACUGGAAAGUAAAUUUCAUAUCUUCGUGCCACCGUGUAAUAUCCCCUAUUUAUUUAGUUAGGCGUCUUGCGUGAUGUUGCAGGACGAGCAUACGUGCCUCGUGUUCACGUUAAAUUUUGAAUUGGGCGCCAUUUUGAACUGUUUGUUCUUCGCUGUCGGUUCGCCUUCUAUUUUGGUCGUGCAGGGACGUCUUUUUGUGAAGAUGAGAAAGGAGAGUGUGAUAGAUUGCGGAGAUAGACUGCAGGGAGGAAUAAUAGUGCGUAGACCUAGUUAAACGAAACGCCAAAUCCCAUGGAAGCGGUGACGAAGGAAUUCAACAUCAGUGUACGUUGGGGACUGGAAAUAUGCACAACUGACUGUUUCAACAACCAUCACCUGCAACCAUUGAGAGGAGAGAACGCCUAACUGUGGAUCCUUGUUGUUUCGUAAGUACAUUUUUAAUGUGGAUACUGAAUCUUGUUUAAAUACGUAGAAACAUAUUAAUUAUUUAAGUCUAUGUAAUGGCUUUGGGAGCAUUUCAUGGAUGUCGAUCGUAAAAAUCGUUUCACGUGAGCUUUCACAAGCGACCAUAAGCUCAUAUGCUUCAUUCGACAGCGAGUUUCUUCCUACAGUUCUGACCCUUGUAUGUUACCUGUAGUUUCCGUGAUAACAUAUAGAGCACGUUUUUGUCUGAUUUCUUUUGCAAUAAAGACAUAGUUGCUACUUCACUGAAAAAGAAUUUUGCUGUAAAUAAAUGGCGAACAUGAUAGCUCUAAAAUUUGGAAUCUUGAAUCAGGAAACGGAGUCACGGAACGGAACACGGAAUCAAAUAUCAAUGAUAGAAAAAUAUUAUAUAAAAAUUCCUUGACGCUUAAAUGUACAAAACGAGGAUAACAGCUUUAUUUAAUGGCAAAGCAACCUUCACUGACACAAGUAAGAUAAGCAUCUUUGGGUGGGAAGUCGCAAUUCUAUUUAUCCAUCUUUGAGUGGACAAGGUAGUGCUUGUGUCAAUGAUGCUACAAAUGAUGCAACUGUCACCAGGAGAUACAUGUAAACAAGAUUAUUCAGAAAUUGAUUUUCCUUACACUUCAAUUAAUUUUGUCAUUAAUCUUCGAACACAAGGAUAACAGCUUUAUUCCAUGACAAAGCAACCUUCAUUGACACAGCUUUGAGUGGGAAGUCGCAAUUCUGUUUAUCCAUCUUUGAGUAGACAAAGUAGUGCUUGUGUCAGUGUUGUACGAAAAUGUUGCAACAGUCACCAGGAGAUAAAUGUAAACAAGAAGAUGAUUCAGAAAUAUAAUUUCCUUACACUUUAAUUUGUCGUUUAGCUUUGAACACGAGGAUAACAGGUUUAUUCAAUGGCAAUUAAGCAACCUUCACUGACACAGCUAAGACGCCCAUCUUUGAGUCGGAAGUUCCAAUUCUAUUUAUCCAUCUUUGAGUGGAAAAAGUAGUGCUUAUGUCAAUAAUACUUCAAAUGUUGCAACAAUCACCAGGAGAUACAUGUAAACAAGAAGAUUAUUCACAAAUAUAAUUUCCUUACAGUUUAAUUUGUCGUUUAGCUUCGAACACAAGGAUAACAGCUUUAUUCAAUGACAAUUAAGCAACCUUCACUGACACAGCUAAGACACCCGUCUUUGAGUGGGAAGUCGCAAUUCUAUUUAUUCAUCUUUGAGUGGACAAAGUAGUGCUUGUGUCAAUGAUACUUCCCAUGUGCAACAGUCACCAGGAGAUAAACAAGAUUAUUCAGGAAUAUAAUUUCCAUACACUUUAAUUUUUGGUAUUGUGCUUCAAACACUUGGAUAAGAGCUUUAUUCAACGACAAAAGCAAUCUUCCUUAAAAUGAAAUAUUUGUCGUUGUCAUGCACUACCUGAAAACGGCCUUAUUUUAAGCUCUCUAGUUUUUUUCAGAACCAGGCUGUUACAAUAUACAUGUAAUAUUAUUUGAUAUAAAUAUUUAAAAAUAUUUGUCAUGUUUGUUUGUCUUUAUUUGUUUGAAGUAUGAAGAUGAGGAGAACAAAAACUUUGAGGAUAUUUUGGUUAGUGAAGUCAGGGGGAAGUUUGGGAAAAAGAAAUGGCCCAAAGCAGAGACAAAAGGUAAGUUGUGCAGUUUUGUAAGUUCUUUGAAUCUGGUAGUUUCUAGGUGUUGCAGACAGGUGCAAUCAUCUAACAUAAUAGAAAACAUAGUAUAAGUUAUCCACUUAGUGACGUAUUUAGCCUGUCCUGGAACAGGACUGCGCUUUGGCAGUGCCAGGUGGCCCCUAGCACAUUACUGUUGCUCUUGGGUGACAAGGAAGUCUUAGUUUGCUCAAACACAUUCAUCCAGGGUACCCUGGAUUUUUCAGGUUAAAGGGACAGUUUCACGGUUCACCACAUGCCCAUUAAUCAAAAUGCUAUUUUCUGCCAGGAAAUGCUGUAUCACGAAUGAAAGCAAUAUGAUCAUUUGGCAAUGUUGUUAAAGAACCAAUCUGCACACUCCCCUGGCAGUCACUUGAUCAACUUAGGUGCAAAUAGCUGUAAAUUAAUCAUCCAUGGAAUAAAACCCUUGGGUAAACUAUAAAUUCAACGUUGGUAGUGUUGGCAUAAUCCACUAAUUUUUCUGCGUUUUUAAUACUCCUUCAUCCUACUUCAGGUUACUCUGAAAUACACUUCUACUUUGAAAUACUCUGAGAUCGCUGAGAUACAUGUGAGUGGGAUUAUUAACCUACAGAAUUAAUAAUAAAUUGGAAAAACAUAAUUUAAUUAAUAAGCACAUGCUGAACCGUGAACCUGUCCCUUUUAAGGACACUAGGCUCUUUCAUUUUUUAAGAACGCAACACAUGGUUUGCAUGUGUGUGUUAUGCAUACAUAAUUUACGAUUAUUAUAGAAUGCAUGAGUGCCAUACCCUCUACCCCCUGUUACAUUGUUAAUGUUAACAGUGUCCUUCCCUUUAUAUGCGAGGUUUGAUUGUAGUGUAAAUUGCUCAGAGUAGAGAGCAAGAACCAAAUCUAAAGAUUCAAAAUAGUCAGGAUGACUUUUUUGCCAGACAAAACUGUUGUUGAAGAAAAAAGUAAAAGUUAAUGUUUUUCAAAGUAGUCGUCCCAUUGUGACUAAGUAAGUUUUUUUUUUGGUUUUCAGAAAUUGACGUAUCGCAUAGACAUGUUGGACAAGGCACAACUUUCUCCUGAUGACAAAGCCAAAGUAAAGACUUAAUGAAACCUACAUGCAUGUCAAAGAGGCAAAAAAGAACAACUGCGAAAAUAACCAGAGAGGCUGAUAAAUACUUAUCAGACAGACCGGUAGCAAAAAACUGCCCCUCAUGCGCAGGACCCCAAUAAUACCAAAGUAACAAAUUCCUACAGUGAUCGGCACUAUGGCAGCUGGAAGUAAAAAGCCCAAAAAUGAUGCAGUGCACUUGCUUAAAAAUGAGCUGCAGCCCAAUCACUAAACAUGUGAUGGCAUAGUGGCUUCUACAUGAAUAAAAUUCUACUUUUUCCCUACAUUGUAUUUUUCACUGGUUUAAAACCUGUCAUAUUGUUUUUCACUUUAUCAAGAAAGUAUUUGACUUUGUUCUCCAGUUCAGCCUUCCCUGUGUUUUACUAACAAUGAAACCAUAUGAGCGAGAAACCCUGUAGUCACUUUUUGUGUCACUUGCAUAAAGUUGAAAUUCGAUAGGCCACAGUGACAUAUUCUCUUCAGGACUCUGCAUCCACGACCACCAUAGUGGAGGUCACUGUAACAAUUUGCUUUAAGUCCUUAAUGUAUUAAUAUGCCUUCUUUAGUCAGGAUAACCUUGUGGUGGUCAACUCUAACUAAAUUGCAUAAUCUGAUUGGAAAGGUCAUAAGAGUUUUAUUCUUAAAGACAAUCAUUACUUGACUGUGUUUAUUAAAAUUACUGAAACUACAAGACAGUCAAUGGGUUAUCCUAAAACUAUAAAACAGGGAGUAUAAGUUAAAUGCAAUGUGAUAACAGGGUUUGAGCUAGGAUUUGAUCACUGGUGGACCAUUAUUUUGUCCCCUUGGCUAAAAUUUUGGGGGACAUUUUUAUUCUAAGUGGAACAGACAAAUUAAUUUUUAUUCAACAUUUUACAUUCAUACAGGCAAGCGAACAAAAACAUUAUGUGAUCCUUGUAAUACAAGAAAAGUUAAGUUAUUGGUGUCAAGACUUUUUCUCUUCAUAUUAUAUAAACAGAAGAACCAAUGACUGUGCUUUAUACUACAAAACACUUCAUACCAGAAUCUCGUCCCUGCAUCCCCUUGUAAACUUCAAUACCUUUCUUAAUUACUGGUAGACGUACAUGUACUAAUUCUUCUGUUAGUUCUAGUCCAAACAUCAAGGGCUGCCAAUGCAAAGGGGUUUGUCUUCUUAGAUUUCCGACAAAAAUAGCAGAACAUCGCCUCCUUUUCAUAGUGCAACCGUGUGUGAUCCUGCAACCAAGUUUUCUGGAAAGUUUGUGAUUUUUUUGGUUUCCUUUGAUCCUCAUCCGUUUCUUCCUGAUUAAUACAAUGUUCUUCUUCUGUAUCAUUUUUCUCUGAUUCACUCUGGCUUUGAUUUGAAGCGAAAAAGCUUGCUCAUGUUCAAACGCGGUUUCAAUGUGACAUGUUAAGGAUUGCCAGGUACGUUCACCAGGCUUUGUUGAGCAUGAGACGUACGUCUUCAGUAGAGCGUGACUGAAACAUGACUUUAGAAUGAACUCAAAACGUGUGAUAAAAUAUACUUUCCACGUUCUGUUUUAGCUUGCAAUUUCUGUAUUGAACCAAAUCUCUUUGUGUCUGCUUCCUGUCGAGUUUUUUCCCUAAAUCUUGAAGGGGACAAAUUGGCCCCUUCGCCGAUUUUUUAAGGGACAAUUUCAAUUGCAGUGCGGGAUUGGCCCAAUGGCGCGUCCUGGCUUAAACCCUGGUGAUAAUGAGUUGCUUGUUAAAAGUGCACAGUCUGUCAUUAUUAUUCAAACUCAAAUGUAAGCAAAUUCUCAUAGGCUACUUUGUAUGUUACGGCCAGGUCUAAGUUGUAGCCAUGCAGUUAAGGCACAGUGACUACAAAAAGUGAAAUACAUGUGUACAGAUGACUUGCUGGCUCGUAUGUUAAGCCUAUAUGGUUAGUUUUGUUUUCUUCACUAUCAUCUUUGUAGCAUCAGUCUGAUACUCCCUAAUGAAGGCUUCUCAGCAGUUUGUACAGGCUUUGACAAAAAUUUUUGGCAGAUGAUCCACCAAGUACUGGUACUUGCUAUGAGAUGAUAGGCUAUAAGUAUUAAGACAGCAGUUUGAUACAAAUAACCACUAGCUACAUUUCCCAAUGAGAUUUUAUGCAGUCUUAACUAAGUAAGACCUUCAUUAGUAAUAUUGUUCUUAUUAAUUUACCGGUAUUUAAGGAUUUUGCCGUGAACUACUAUGUAGAGUUGUUUUGGAAUGGAAAUGCACGUUACUAAUAAUUUUAAAAUAUAUGCUAUAAUGAUGUUAUUUAAUUAAUCAUUAUUAUGUAAUUAUUAUGUUGAUCAUUUCAAGGAAAAAAGGUUAAAUUUUGUCAAUUCUAAAAGGAUCACUUAAUUGAAAUGGAAAAUUUACAGUUUUAGAAAUAGAAAAUGGAACACAAGAAUUCUUUUUUUUAUUGUGAAAAUAUUAAUAUACAUAUGUACAUAUUAUAUGAAAAUGGAGAGAGAAUUAUUUUAAUAAAAGCUUACCAAAAAGGCACUUACUGUGAAACUCACAAAACUGUGAACACCAAAAAUAUUUAUGGAAUGUUAUUAUGUUGCAAGAAAUAAGCCAAUAAGGUGCGAGAUAACUAAACUGCAAACAGCAAUGGUAAUUAGUUUGUGGUUUUGAGCUUUGCUCGCGUAUCCUUAACUUUAUUGUGAUUGGCCAGUACACAAUCAACAUUCCUGAAAUUUUUCAGGUGUUCACGGUUUUCUGAGUUUGACAAUAAAUCUGAAUCUGCUUGAUUUUUUGUGUAUCUGCUAAAAUGGAAUCAUGAAAUGGUCUAGAGUUGUCUCACAAACGUCCACUUUUUAUAUACUGGAUAGAAUGAACAGUAUAUGAUUCAAAACUGGAUAGUUACAUAAAGUUUCCACAUCUAGGAAAUCCAGUGAAUAAUCCACCAAAAGUGAUUGAGUUUCCACAUUCAUUGCCGUCACUGAGUUUCCGCAUUCAUUGUUCCACUCAACGGAUAAUUGAGUAUCCUCUGAAAUUACGAGCUGCAAAAACAUGACAUUAGGUAGUGUUUCUGCAAGAGUAGAACUGACGGAAACGUGAGGAUAAGGGAUGUGUUUCUGCAACUCCGCAGAAACUGAAACAUGACGUAUACACGUGUUGCCCGCAACGGUUAGUUACAAUUCCGUCUGCAGAUAUUCAGGUUUCCGUGGGGUAACUGUUACAAAAACGAAAACACCUUUUUUCAACUUGUGUAGAUAGUGGAUGUGUAUAAGAGCCAGUUAAGAGAACCUCCCUUGUGCCUUGAAUACUACUUAGUACUUGGUGGCCACAGAAGACAGCAGAUAUUUUAAGCUAUUGUCAAAGAAAAAAGGAACAAUGCAUACCCUUUUAGUGGCUCCUGUAAUUGGCCAUUAAGCAGCCACUUGGACAACGAUAAUUUCCUUGAUAACCCUUGACGCCCAAUAUACAUGUACAAAUUCUCCAAACUGAUCUCCACAUAUUUCCUUAAAGAAUGAGUUGAUAGAAUUUGAUAAAAGAUCAAAGCAUUUUCUCUUAGGUGAUCAUUUUAUUAAUUCUCAUAACCUAAUCUCUUGUCAUUGUAUGGAUAUUGUUUGGAGAAAAUUGAUGUUGGUCACUAUUGGUACUUAAAGCCAUAAUGCCUGAUAAAUGCGUAAGGACAACAUUAAGCCACUCAGAACAGUUGUACUGCUCUUGCCACAAAAACAAAAUAAUGUUCUUCCCUAUCAGGGAAACAUUAUAAUAACCGCAGGGAGAACAUCAUCAGGCUCCAGUCCUAAGACUUGCAUUAUUCUUAUUCACAUGAAAUGUGUUGGAGUUGACUAAUGCAUACUUUUGACUGAGUGGCAGUGCAAUUUUUUUUAUACCACAUGCAUAGGGUAGCUUAAAUAGGAAUUUCAAUAUGCUGCAAGCAAUGUGAAGGGGCUGGGCCCAGGUCAGUCAAAACUGUACCAGGGAACCUCUUACUUACUGUGAAAAUAAUAAUUCCUAUCCCGCUCUCAGGAAACUAUGGAAACAAAUCCUAAAGGUUAUUUAAGCCACUUUUGGAAAAAUGAAAGGAACAACUGACACCUUCAGCUAGCCUAAUGGAACAGAGAUGAACCACAGGCAGCCACUGAACAGUAAAACACCACAUGACCUAGCCCCCAGUAAAAGAAACGCGGAAGAAAAACAUUUGGUUGAUCUGCACUAUAAAUCUGCGAAAAAGACUUUACUCCUUAAGGACAAAAUUUAUAGAAGUAAGCGAUGUAUUAGCAAGGGGUAUGCCCUGUACCCCUGUGGGGGGUGGUACUGCCAUAUAUAUGUGCUCUAUAGGUAUGUGCCGCUGUGAAGGGUAUUGUUUUCAGGCAGUUUACUCUAGGAUAGGGUAUAUAAAUCAGAGAGUUUGGGUCUAGAACAGGGUACAAUUUUUCAGGAAACUGAUCAGGUUGUUGAAGAUUUUAUCUGUACUAGGGAAACAGCUACUCUAGGAUAGCGGGGAUUUGGGAAGUUUACCCUAGUAUAGGGGAGCAAGAUUCAGCUGAACUAGCUCUGGUAUAGGUUAAGGGUUCCAGGGUCCCAGCGACAUCCCAACCCCGAAAUUCCUAAAGUACCCCCCUGGGCCUUGUAGGCAUACCAAAUCCCCUUUAUACACUUGUAGACACUAAAAGGGCGAAAACACGUUUUGUGAUUCAAAAUUCCUACACAAUAAGUAGAAAUUGAAAAAUAUUUGUAAUUCGCUUUCUUUUAAAUAACUCUUUGGUCAACAGAAAAGUGGACCUGUGCGGGGUUGUGAGUACACCUGUUGCACCCCCCUCCCUACAGGGCUGCUAGGGGGUUAGAGGGGGACAAGGGGUUACAGUGGGUUAGAACAAGAAAUUAGGUAGCUACGCUAGCCACACUGAACAAAAGCUGAUCUCUUAAAAAAAUAAGAGGGGACUUGUUCACCAUCAAAAUGCAAAAUGUUAAUUUGGUAAAAAAUUAAACAAUAUGGGUAUUUUUACUAUGUUUGUGGCUGUGAUUUUUUGGAGGAGAAUUAAGUGUUAAACUAUUUUAAAGUUUUAAACUAUUUUUAUUUUAAACACAUAGUUUAAAAUUUUAAAAAAUCUAUGUGAAAUUAAAAUUGAAAUUAAAAAAGGCAAAGUGGAAGUUUGCUUUUUAAUUCAGGAGGCGAUUAUGUUGUUUUUGUCAGGUAAAAAAGAUUGUUACAUAUCAUUGCACCACUUCACUUAAAACUGCAUCUCGGGAAAAUAUUAGAUUUUUGGCUUUGAAAGAUCUACGCCAGUUUCAAGAUUGCUAAGAUUAUAGUUGUUGUUACUAUCAUUGAGUUUUGUAAAGGAGGCUCUCAGUUGAGGGGGCGGGGGGCGGAGAUUGAUUCUUGAGGAUUGUGUACAUAAGGGUAGCCUUAUCUUGUGAGCGAAUAGUUUCGAAGUUUCCAUUUCAAUUUUUAAGAACAUCUAGUUAUUUAAUGUCUUUAUGACAGGCUGUUUAUUAGGUAUCAAAGACCAGAGAAUUCUCUGUUUACUGGAGAGAAGUCUCCAGCUAUUUUUGUUAGCCUAUUACUAUUGUUUUAUUUUGACAUACUGGAGCGUUUUUCAAAUUAUUACCCUGUAACGGUAACCCUUACUUCUGCUACUAGAAUUCUAAAUAAAAACCAUGUAUAAUGAACUCAUGAUGACUUUACUGUAGGGUUUUGAAUUUUUUUGCAAUUUAUCUUUCAGUUUCUUUGCACAAGUAUUGAUCAACAAGUACGAUGGAGUUAACAGUAAUCUAAGUAAGUAACAGGCUGUAACACUAACCUGCAGAGAUUACAGGGAGUUUUAAAGGGUUUCAGGGGAUUACCAGGGAUUGCUGGGGGAUACAAGGGGUUAAAAGGAGUUAACGGGGUUACCAGAGGUAACAGGGGGCUACGAGGGGUUACAUGGGCUUACAGGGGGUUACAAGGGGUUAGAGUGGGUUACAACAAGCAAUUAGGUAAUUAUGCUAGCCACACAGAAGAAAAGCUGAUUUCUUUUAAAAAAGUAAGCAGGAAUUUGCUGUUUACUAUUAAAAUGAAAAAUGUUACAAACCAUUUGAGGGUAAUAUAUUAACUGAGUAAAUAUUUACACAUUACAGGUGAUUUUGCUAUGUUUGUUGUUGUGAGUUUUUGGAGAAUAACAAAGUGUAUUACACUAUUAAUUACACAUGCAAAAUUAAAAGAUCAGAGCGUUGUAGAAAAAGGCAAAGAGGAUGUUUGAUUUUAAAUUCAGGAAGUGAUCGUGUUGUUUUUGCAUGCUAAGAAAGAUUGUUGUAGAGCAUUGCACCACUACACUUAAAACUGUGUUUGAGUAAAUUAGUUUUUACCUUGGAAGUGCUAGAUCAGUUUCAAGAUUGCUAAGAUUAUAGUUGGUGUUACUAUCAUUGAGUUUUGUUAAGGAGACCCUCAGAUGCAGGGGGAUGGGGGAACGAAGAGUUAUCAUUUGAGGAUUGUGUACAUAAGGGUAGCCUUAAUGUGUGUGAACCUGGUUUUGAGGUUUUUCAUUUCAAUUUUAAAAAGCAUCUGCUUUAUCACGUAAACGCCUGGUUUCAAGGUUUUCAAUUUCAAUUUUUCAAAAACAUGUACCUAUUCAAUAUCAUUAUGACCAGGUGUUUAUCAGACAUCAAGGAUCUGAGAGUUCUCCAGUUACUACACAGAAAUGUCAAGCUAAUGUUCAGUAGCCCAUCACUAUUGUUUUAUUUAGACGUACUGGAGUCUUUUUCAAAUUAUUAUUUUGUAAUGUUUUCUUUACUCCUGCUACUAGAAUUCUUAUUGAAAACCCUGUACAAUGAACUGAUAAUGACUUUACCCAUAUGGUUUUAAAAUUUUUUGCGAUUUAUAUUUCAGUUGCUUUCCACAAGUAUUCCACAAGCGCGAUGGAAUUAACAGUAAUCAAAGUAAGUAACAGGGUGUAACCCGAUUAUGAGGUUACAGAUGGUUACAAGGGAUAACAGUGGGUUACAGGGGAUUACAGGAGGUACCAGGGGGUUACAAGGAAUAACAGUGGGUUACAAGGAAUUACUGGGGUUACAAGAGGUUACAGAGUGUGACAAGGGGUUAAAGGGGGAAACGUGGGGUUACUGGGGCGCACAAGGAGUUACAGGGGGUUACAACAAAAAAUUAGGUAACUACUCUAGCCUUACACAACAAAAGCUGAUUUCUUUUAAUAGAAUAAGCAGGAAGUUGGUGUUUGCUAUCAAAAUGAAAAAUGUUUCAAACCCUUAGAGGGUAAUGUAUAUAUUGGGUAAAAAUUUACACAAUGCAGGUAAUUUGACUAUGUUUGAUGGUGUGAGUUUCUGAGAAUAACUAAGUGUACUAUAGGUUUUAAACUAUUAAUUACCCAUACAAAUUUAAAGAUGAGAGCGUUGUAGCAAAAGGCAAAGACUUAUGUUGCUUUUAAAUUCAGGGAGUGAUUGUGCUUUUCUUCCUAGUAAGAAAGAUUGUUCCAGAGCAUAUUGCAACACUACUCUUAAAACUGUGUUUGAGGAAAUUAGUUUUUGGCCAUGGAAGUAGUAGAUCAGUUUUAAGAUGGCUAAGAUUAUAGUUGGUGUUACUAUUGUUGAAUUUUGUAAAGGAGGCGCAGGGAUUCGGGGGCAGGGGAUUAAUCCUUUAGGAUUAUGUAGACAAAGGUAGCUUUAUCAGGUGAGCGCCUGGUUUCGAAGUUUUCAAUUUCAAUUUUUCAAGAACAUGUACCUAUUCAAUAUCAUUAUUACCGGGUGUUUAUUAGAUAUCAACAAUCUGAGCAUUCUCCAGUAGCUAGACAGAAAUCUCCAGCUAAAGUUUGGUAGCCCAUCACUAUUGUUUUAUUUAGAUGUACUGGAGUCUUUUUUAAAUUAUUAUUAUUUUUGUAACGAUUUUUUUACUCCUGGUGUACUAUCAAAAUUAAAAAUGUAACAAACCCUUUGAGGGUAAUAUAUAAUUAUAUUGGAAAAAAAAUUUACACAAUGGGGGUAAUUUUGCUAAGUUUGUUGGUGUGUGUUUCGGAGAAUAAUUAAGUGUACUAUAAGUUUUAAACUAUUUAUUAGCAACUAAAAUUUAAAGAUCAGAGAAUUGUAGCAAAAAGUAAAGACUAAUUUUGCUUUUAAAUUCAGGGAGGGACUGUGCUUUUUUUUCCUAGUAAGAAAGAUUGUUCCAGAGCAUUGCAACACUACACUUUAAAUUGUAUUUGAGGAAAUUAGUUUUUUGCCUUGGAAGUAGUAGAUGAGUUUUAAGAUGGCUAAGAUUAUAGUUGUUGUUACUAUCAUUGAAUUUUGUAAAGGAGGCGCUCACAUUUGGAGGGGGGAGGGGAGAUUGAUCCUUCUGGAUUAUGUACACAUGGGUAGCUUUAUCAUGUGAGCGCUUGGUUUCCAGGUUUUCGAUUUCAAUUUUUCAAGAGCACGUACCUAUUCAAUGUCAUUAUGAACGGAUGUUUAUUAGCCAUCGACGAUCUGAGAAUUCUCCAGUUACUAGACAGAAAUCUUCAGCUAAAUGUUUGGUUGCCUAUCACUAUUGUUUUAUUUAGACGUGUUGAAGAGUUUUUCAAAUUAUUAUUUUGUAACGAUUUCUUUACUCCUGCUACUAUAAUUGGUGAUGAAAACUCUGCAUAAUGAACUGAUAAUGACUUUACCCAUAUGGUUUUGAAACUGUUGCGAUUUAUCUUUCAGUUGCUUUCCAGGAGUAUUCCACAAACGCCAUGGAAUUAACAGUAAUUGAAGUAACAGGCUGUAGCGCUAACAUGAGGUUACAAUGGGUUACAAGGGACAACAGUAGGUUACAGGGGAUUACAGGGGGUUACAAAGGGGUUACAAGAGGUUACAAGAAGUUACAGGGGCUUACAAGGCCUUACUAAAGGUUACAGGGUGUUAUGAGGGGUUACAGGGGGUUAUAAGGAGUAACAGGGGGUUACAAGGGGUUACAGGAGUUAACAAGAUGUUACAGGGGGUUACAGAGUGUUACGAGGGGUUACAGGGGGUUACAACGGGUAACAGAGGGUUACAACAGAAACUUAGGUAACUACUCUAGCCUUACUCAACAAAAGCUGAUUUCUGUUAAUAGAAUAAGCAGGAAGUUGGUGUUUACCAUCAAAAUAAAAAAUGUGACAAACCGUUAGAGAGUGAUAUAUAUAUUGGGUAUAAAUUUACACAGUGCAGGUAAUUGUACUGUGUUUGGUGGUGUGAGUUUUGAGAAUAAUUAAGUGUACUAUAACUUUUAAACUAUUAAUUAGCCAUACAAAUUUAAAGAUCAGAGCGUUGUAUGGCCUCAACGGAUAACACCCUCCUCGAUCUCCAUAAUUCUUCAUAAGAUACUCAGCCUCAUUCAUUAAUUGUUAAAUAACAGUAGGAUAAAUAUCUUUCAACAUGAGAAGAGAAAUUUCGUAUCUCCAAGCGACCAUGUAGUGUUUUAUUUAUUAUGUAAACACCAAUGAAAUUCCAAACCACUUCACUUCAAUAGCCUUUUGUUGGGAAAGGCGCAAUUUAUUGUGUAGCCAUAGUAAUGGUGAUCUUUUCACAUGUGAAGAGGCAUGUGAGGAUGGUAUUUCUUUGGUGUUUACAUAAUAAUUAACAAUUAUUUCUCGAGCCUGAAUGGGCUUUGAGUCAAUACCCCAUUGGGCCUUCGGCCUCAUGGGCUAUUGACUUAGAGGCCAUGAGGGCCAUUAGUAAAAUCCAACUAGUUGGUCAAAAAUAUUGAGACAACAUAACCCUUCUUACCCAUGUUACCUGUUGUUACCCUUUUUACCCUUUUUACCCUGGUUACCCCUUGUUACCCCUUGUUCCUCCUUUUAACUUUUGUUACCCUUGUUACCUGUUGUUACCCAAUGUUACCCUUUUUACCCCUUGUUACCCUGAGUUACCCCUUGUUACCCCUUUGUUACCCUUUUGUUACCCUUGUUGCUUUUUGCUACCCUUGUUACCGUUGUUAAGUUUUGUUAACCCUUGUUACCCUUGUUAGCCUUGUUACUCCUUGUUACCCCUUGUUACCCUUGUCACCUCUUGUUACCCCUUGUUACCCUUUGUUACCCUUGUUACCCCUUUUUACCCCUUGUUACCCCUUGUUACCUCUCGUUACCCUUGUUACCUUUGUUACCCCUUGUUACCCCUUCUCGCCCUUGUUACCCUGGUUACCCGUUGUUACCUCUUGUUACCUUUGUUAUCCAUUCUUACCCCUUGUUACCAUUUUUUUACCCUUGUUACCCUUGUUACCCCUUGUUACCGUUGAUACCCCUUGUUACCUCUUGUUAUCCUUGUUACCCAUUGUUACUCUCGUUACCCCUUGUUUCUUUUUUGCCUCCUUGUUACCCUUGUUACCGUUGUUACCCCUUGUCACCCUUGUUACUAUCUGUUACCUUUUGUUACCAUUGUUAUCCCUUGUUACCCUUGUUACCACUUGUUGCUGUUGUUACCCCUUGUUAGCCUUGUUACCCCUUGUUACCCCCUUUUACCCUUUGUUACCCCUUGUUACAAUUUGUUACCCCUUGUUACCCUUGUUACCCGUUGUUACUUUUCUUAUCCCUUGUUACCCUUGUUACCCCUUGUUACCCUGGUUACCCCUUUUUACCGGUUGUUCUCCUUUUUACCCUUUGUUACCUUUGUUCCCCUUGUUACCCCUUGUUUUCCCUAUUUUACCCUUGUUAGCCCCUUUUUACUCUUUGUUACUUUUGUUACCCUUGUUACCCCUUCUUACCCCUUUUACCCCUGGUUACUCCUUGUUACCCAUUGUUACCCUUGUUACCCCUUUUUACCCUUGUUAUACUUUGUUACCCCUCGUUACCCUUUUUUACCCCUUGUUACCAUCUGUUACCUCUUGUUUCGCUUUUUAUCCCUUGUUACCCUUGUUACCAUUUUUACCCUUUGUUACCCUUGUUACCCUUGUUACCCCCUUUUUACCCUUUGUUUCUGUUGUUAUCUUUGUUACCCCUUGUUACCGUUGAUACCCCUUGUUACCUCUUGUUAUCCUUGUUACCCAUUGUUACUCUGGUUACCGUUGUUACCUCUUGUUACCCUUGUUACUAUCUGUUACCUUUUGUUACCCUUGUUAUCCCUUGUUACUGUUGUUACCCCUUGUUGCCCCUUGUUACCCUUGUUACCCCUUUUUACCCCUGGUGACCCCUUGUUACCCUUUUUACCCUUUGUUACGGGAAUACAGGGGUUACAGGAGGUUAUAAGGGGUUGCAAAGGGUGGCAGGGGGUUACAAGGGGUUACAGGGGGUUACAAAGGGUUACAAGGGGUUACAGGUGGUUACAAGGGGUGACAAGGGGUUAUAGAGGGUUACAAAGGAUUUUAGUAUAUACACACUCAGUGAUCUUGGUGAUUUAAGCAAUCUGAUUGGUUCGCUAUCUCGGACUAUUCAACAAUAUUCACCUCCUAGCGAGUGGAUAAUGUGUGAGCUCAGUGUUUUUCCCAUUUUUUAGAGAACGAUCUUUUAAAAGUCGACAGAAUCCUAGGGCUGACUUUUAUUAAGGCAAGAAAAGACUUGGAAGGAUUCAAUACGGCGUUUUUCAAUUUACUGUAGCACUCAGUAGUAGCAGGAGUUUUGUGCUCGAUGGAUUGUUUACAACUCCCGUGUAUUCGCGUAGAAGAAGCCGUUUCCGUUUUCUAAGAAGACAAUUUUGGCUCAAAAAUCGAAGUUUAUUUAUGACAAACAAAUUUAAAAGGAAAUGUUUGCAGAAAUUCUACGUUUAAAGUAAACAGGAAAAAGAAUGAUACAGAAAGACGACGUCUUACCUCGAGCAAAUGAGCCGCCAUUUUUGUCAGCACUUCAUGCGAAGAACGACACAACAAACCCUUUUGGCUAUAAACGUGGCGAGUCAACAGAAAACAACACAGCUCUACUUUUCUUCCCAGGUAAGGAAACAGUUCAAACUUUUAGCGGUUCCAUUUAAGCCAUUACGCUGUUGUUUGCGAAAUGAUAAACUUGUGAAUUGCCAUGUUUGAAAUUUCUGCAAAGAUCUAUUUUUAAACUUACGCGUGAUUUGAUCUGUCAAUCAAAUCGUACUUUUGAAUGGUUUCCUCUCUGAUUUUGUUGAGAUCACUUCAUGUGUAUAUACUAAAACAAUUAUUCUUUUCAAUCUCGGUGAAUAGUGGGUUUGGGAAUAUUUACCUCGCCGCUUUCGCGUCUCGGUAAAUAUUUUGCCACUAUUCACCUCGAUUUCAAAGAAUAAUUGUUAAAUAGAACCUUUUUUCUAACUAGAACGUUCCCAGAUACUUUUUCUUGGUCUAUUUUGCAGAACAAUCAAAGUUGAAGAAAUCUCACAUUUUUGACGAAAACGACGGACUAACCCCUUUGGAAAAAUGCCAAUUUUGCGUUUUUGUUGUACAGAAAGGCUUGUUUGCUAUAUAAAACGUCGAAAAUCGUUUUUUCUCGAUUUAUUUUCAGGUUCUAUGACAUGUGAAUACGGGGGUUACAGGGGGUUACAAGGGGUUACAGGGGGUUACAAUGGGUUACAGGUGGUUACAAGGGGUGACAAAGGGUUACCAAGGGUUACAAAGGAUUAUAGAAACUUUUUUCUAACUAGAACGUUCCCAGAUACUUUUUCUUGGUCUAUUUUGCAUAAAAAUCAAAGUUGAAGAAAUCUCAAAUUUUUGACGAAAACGACGGACUAACCCCUUUGGAAAAAUGCUAAUUUUGCGUGUUUCGUAAACAGUUGUUUUUAUAGUCUUUAAAGGCUUCUUUUUUAUCUAGAACGUCAGCAAACACUUUUUCUCGAUCUAUUUUUGAUAAGCAGAAAAGAUGAAAAAACUUCAUCUUUUUGACAAAAAUCGUGGACUAUCCCGUUUGCAAAAAUGCCAAUUUUGCUUUCUUUUUAAAUACAUGUUUAUUUUGUCUAGAAAGGCUUGUUUCUAACGAGAACGUGACCAAAUACCUUUUCUGGGUGUAUUUUGCAUAAAACGAAAGGUUAAGAAAAAUACAAAUUUUUCACCAAAACCUUUCGAAAAAUGCCAAUUUUGUGGGUUUUUAAACCGACGUUUUCGUUGUUCAGAAAGGCUUGUUUCCUGUAUAAAACGUCGAAAAUCGUUUUUUCUCGCUUUAUUUUCAGGUUCUAUGACAUGGGAAUACAGGGUUACAGGGGAUUACAAGGCGUUACAAAGGGUGACAGGGGGUGACAAGGGGUUACAGGGGGUUACAAGGGGUUACAGGGGGCUACAAAGGGUAACAAGGGGUUACAGGGGGUUACAAGGGGUGACAAGGGGUUACAGAGGGUUACAAAGAAUUAUAGAAACUUUUUUCUAACUAGAAGGUUCCCAGAUACUUUUUCUUGGUCUAUUUUGCAGAAAAAUCCAAGUUGAACAAAUCUCAAAUUUUUGACGAAAAACGACGGACUAACCCCUUUGGAAAAAUGCUAAUUUUGCGUGUUUCGUAAACAGUUGUUUUUAUGGUCUUUAAAGGCUUCUUUUUUUAUCUAGAACGUCAGCAAACACUUUUUCUCGAUCUAUUUUUGAUAAGAAGAAAAGAUGAAAAAACUUCAACUUUUUGACCAACAUCAUGGACUAUCCCCUUUGCAAAAAUGCCAAUUUUGCCUUCUUUUUAAAUACAUGUUUAUAUUGUCUAAAAACGCUUGUUUUCUAACGAGAACGUGACCAAAUACUUUUUCUGGGUGUAUUUUGCAUAAAACGAAACGUAAACAAAAUUAACAUUUUUGACCACAACAUGGACUAACCCCUUUCGAAAAAUGCCAAUUUUGUGGGUCUUUAAACCGACGUUUUCGUUGUUCAGAAAGGCUUGUUUGCUAUAUAAAACGUCGAAAAUCGUUUUUCCUCGAUUUAUUUUCAGGUUCUAUGACAUGGGAAUACAGGGAUUACAGGGGGUUACAAAGGGUGACAGGGGGUGACAAGGGAUUACAGGGGGUUACAAAGGGUUACAAGGGGUUACAAGGGGUGACAAGGGGUUACAGAGGGUUACAAAGAAUUAUAGAAACUUUUUUCGAACUAAAACGUUCCCAGAUACUUUUUCUUGAUCUAUUUUGCAGAAAAAUCAAAGUUGAACAAAUCUCAAAUUUUUGACGAAAACGACGGACUAACCUCUUUGGAAAAAUGCUAAUUUUGCGUUUUUCGUAAACAGCUGUUUUUAUAGUCUUUAAAGUCUUCUUUUUUAUCUAGAACGUCAGCAAACUCUUUUUCUCGAUCUAUUUUUGAUAAGCAGAAAAGAUUAAAAAACUUCAACUUUUUGACCAACAUCAUACAUGUUUAUAUUGUCUAAAAACGCUUGUUUUCUAAGAAGAACGUGACCAAAUACGUUUUCUAGGUGUAUUUUGCAUAAAACAAAACGUAAACAAAAUUAACAUUUUUGACCAACAUCAUGGACUAACCCCCUUCGAAAAACGCCAAUUUUGUGGGUUUUUAAACCGACGUUUUCGUUGUUCAGAAAGGCUUGUUUGCUAUAUAAAACGUCGAAAAUCGUUUUUUCUCGAUUCAUUUUCAAGUUCUAUGACAUGGGAAUACCGGGGUUACAAGGGGUUACAAAGGGUGACAGGGAGUGAAGAGGGGUUACAGGGGAUUACAAGGGGUUACAGGGGGUUAAAAGGGGUGACAAGGGGUAACAGUGGGUUACAAAGGAUUAUAGAAACUUUUUUCUAACUAGAACGUUCCCAGAUACUUUUUCUUGGUCUGUUUUGCAGAAAAAUCAAAGUUGAACAAAUCUCAACUUUUUGACGAAAACGACGGACUAACCUCUUUGCAAAAAUGCUAAUUUUGCGUGUUUCGUAAACAGUUGUUUUUAUAGUCUUUAAAGGCUUCUUUUUUAUCUAGAACGUCAGCAAACACUUUUUCUCGAUCUAUUUUUGAUAAGAAGAAAAGAUGAAAAAACUUCAACUUUUUGACCAACAUCAUGGACUAUCCCCUUUGCAAAAAUGCCAAUUUUGCCUUCUUUUUAAAUACAUGUUUAUAUUGUCUAAAAACGCUUGUUUUCUAAGGAGAACGUGACCAAAUACUUUUUCUGGGUGUAUUUUGCAUAAAACGAAACGUAAACAAAAUUUACAUUUUUGACCAACACCAUGGACUAACCCCUUUGGAAAAAUGCCAAUUUUGUGGGUUUUUAAACCGACGUUUUCGUUGUUCAGAAAGGCUUGUUUGCUGUAUAAAACGUCGAAAAUCGUUUUUUCUCGCUUUAUUUUCAGGUUCUAUGACAUGGGAAUACAGGGGUUACAGGGGAUUAAAAGGGGUUACAAAGGGUGACAGGGGGUGACAAGGGGUUACAGAGGAUUACAAAGAAUUAUAGAAAUUUUUUUCUAACUACAACGUUCCCAGAUACUUUUUCUCUAUCUAUUUUGCCAAAAAAUCAAAGUUGAACAAAUCUCAAAUUUUUGACGAAAACGACGGACUAACCCCUUUCGAAAAAUGCUAAUUUUGGGUUUUUCUUAAACAGUUGUUUUUAUAGUCUUUAAAGUCUUCUUUUUUAUCUAGAACGUCAGCAAACACUUUUUCUCGAUCUAUUUUUGAUAAGAGAAAAGAUGAAAAAACUUUAACUUUUUGACCAACAUCAUGGACUAUCCCCUUUGCAACAAUGCCAAUCUUGCCUUCUUUUUAAAUACAUGUUUAUAUUGUCUAAAAAGGCUUGUUUUCUAAGGAGAACGUGACCAAAUACUUUUUCUGGGUGUAUUUUGCAUAAAACGAAACGUAAACAAAAUUAACAUUUUUGACCAACACCAUGGACUAACCCCUUUGGAAAAAUGCCAAUUUUGUGGGUUUUUAAACCGACGUUUUCGUUGUUCAGAAAGGCUUGUUUGCUAUAUAAAAGGUCGAAAAUCGUUUUUUCUCCAUUUAUUUUCAGGUUCUAUGACAUGGGAAUACAGGGGUUACAGGGGGUUACAAGGGGUUACAAAGGGUGACAGGGGGUGACAAGGGGUUACAAGGGAUUACAAGGUGUUACAGGGGGUUACAAAGGGUUACAAGGGGUUACAAGGGGUGACAAGGGGUUACAGAGGGUUACAAAGGAUUAUAGAAACCUUUUUCUAACUAGAACGUUCCCAGAUACUUUUUCUUGGUCUAUUUUGCAGAAAAAUCAAAGUUGAAAAAAUCUCAAAUUUUUGACGAAAACGACGGACUAACCCCUUUGGAAAAAUGCUUAUUUUGCGUGUUUCGUAAACAGUUGUUUUUAUAGUCUUUAAAAGCUUCUUUUUUAUCUAGAACGUCAGCAAACACUUUUUCUCGAUCUAUUUUUGAUAAGAAGAAAAGAUGAAAAAACUUCAACUUUUUGACCAACAUCAUGGACUAUCCCCUUUGCAACAAUGCCAAUUUUGCCUUCUUUUUAAAUACAUGUUUAUAUUGUCUAAAAACGCUUGUUUUGUAAGGAGAACGUGACCAAAUACUUUUUCUGGGUGUAUUUUGCAUAAAACGAAACGUAAAGAAAAUUAACAUUUUUGACCAACACCAUGGACUAACCCCUUUGGAAAAAUGCCAAUUUUGUGGGUUUUUAAACCGACGUUUUCGUUGUUCAGAAAGGCUUGUUUGCUAUAUAAAACGUCGAAAAUCGUUUUUUCUCGAUUUAUUUUCAAGUUCUAUGACAUGGGAAUACAGGGGUUACAGGGGGUUACAAGGGGUUACAAAGGGUGACAGGGAGUGACAAGGGGUUACAGGGGAUUAAGGGGGGUUACAGGGGGUUACAAACGGUUACAAGCGGUUACAAGGGGUGACAAGGGGUUACAGAGGGUUACAAAGGAUUAUAGAAACUUUUUUCUAACUAGAACGUUCCCAGAUACUUUUUCUUGGUCUAUUUUGCAGAAAAAUCAAAGUUGAACAAAUCUCAAAUUUUUGACGAAAACGACAGACUAACCCCUUUGGAAAAAUGCUAAUUUUGCGUGUUUCGUAAACAGUUGUUUUUAUAGUCUUUAAAGGCUUCUUUUUUAUCUAGAACGUCAGCAAACACUUUUUCUCGAUCUAUUUUUGAUAAGAAGAAAAGAUGAAAAAACUUCAACUUUUUGACCAACAUCAUGGACUAUCCCCUUUGCAACAAUGCCAAUUUUGCCUUCUUUUUAAAUACAUGUUUAUAUUGUCUAAAAACGCUUGUUUUCUAAGGAGAACGUGACCAAAUACUUUUUCUGGGUGUAUUUUGCAUAAAACGAAACGUAAACAAAAUUAACAUUUUUGACCAACACCAUGGACUAACCCCUUUGGAAAAAUGCCAAUUUUGUGGGUUUUUAAACCGACGUUUUCGUUGUUCAGAAAGGCUUGUUUGCUAUAUAAAAGGUCGAAAAUCGUUUUUUCUCGAUUUAUGUUCAGGUUCUAUGACAUGGGAAUACAGGGGUUACAGGGGGUUACAAGGGGUUACAAAGGGUGACAGGGGGUGACAAGGGGUUACAAGGGAUUACAAGGUGUUACAGGGGGUUACAAAGGGUUACAAAGGGUUACAAGGGGUGAGAAGGGGUUACAGAGGGUUACAAAGGAUUAUAGAAACUUUUUUCUAACUAGAACGUUCCCAGAUACUUUUUCUUGGUCUAUUUUGCAGAAAAAUCAAAGUUGAACAAAUCUCAAAUUUUUGACGAAAACGACGGACUAACCCCUUUGGAAAAAUGCUAAUUUUGCGUUUUUCGUAAACAGUUGUUUUUAUAGUCUUUAAAGUCUUCUUUUUUAUCUAGAACGUCAGCAAACUCUUUUUCUCGAUCUAUUUUUGAUAAGCAGAAAAGAUGAAAAAACUUCAACUUUUUGACCAACAUCAUGGACUAUCCCCUUUGCAAAAAUGCCAAUUUUGCCUUCUUUUUAAAUACAUGUUUAUAUUGUCUAAAAACGCUUGUUUUCUAACGAGAACGUGACCAAAUACUUUUUCUGGGUGUAUUUUGCAUAAAACGAAACGUAAACAAAAUUAACAUUUUUGACCAACACCAUGGACUAACCCCUUUGGAAAAAUGCCAAUUUUGUGGGUUUUUAAACCGACGUUUUCGUUGUUCAGAAAGGCUUGUUUGCUAUAUAAAACGUCGAAAAUCGUUUUUUCUCGAUUUAUUUUCAGGUUCUAUGACAUGGGAAUACAGGGGUUACAGGGGUUACAAGGGGUUACAAAGGGUGACAGGGGGGUGACAGGGGUUACAGGGGUUACAAGGGGUUACAAAAGGGGUUACAGGGGGUUACAAGGGGUUACAGGGGUUACAAGGGGUGACAAGGGGUUACAGAGGGUUACAAAGGAUUAUAGAAACUUUUUUCUAACUAGAACGUUCCCAGAUACUUUUUCUUGGUCUGUUUUGCAGAAAAAUCAAAGUUGAACAAAUCUCAAAUUUUUGACGAAAACGACGGACUAACCCCUUUGGAAAAAUGCUAAUUUUGCGUUUUUCGUAAACAGUUGUUUUUAUAGUCUUUAAAGGCUUCUUUUUUAUCUAGAACGUCAGCAAACACUUUUUCUCGAUCUAUUUUUGAUAAGCAGAAAAGAUGAAAAAACUUCAACUUUUUGACCAACAUCAUGGACUAUCCCCUUUGCAAAAAUGCCAAUUUUGCCUUCUUUUUAAAUACAUGUUUAUAUUGUCUAAAAACGCUUGUUUUCUAAGGAGAACGUGACCAAAUACUUUUUCUGGGUGUAUUUUGCAUAAAACGAAACGUAAACAAAAUUAACAUUUUCGACCAACACAAUGGACUAACCCCUUUGGAAAAAUGCCAAUUUUGUGGGUUUUUAAACCGACGUUUUCCUUGUUCAGAAAGGCUUGUUUCCUAUAUAACACGUCCAAAAUCGUUUUUUUCUCGAUCUAUUAUUAGGUUCUAUGACCUGGGAGUACAGGGGUUAGAGGGGGUUACAAGGGGUGAAAGGGGUUGACAAGGGGUUACAGGGGGUGACAAAGGGCUACAAGGGGUUACAAGGGGUUACAGGGGGUUAAAAAGGGUUACUGGGGGUUACAAGGGGUGACAAGGGGUUACAGAGGGUUACAAAGGAUUAUAGAAACUUUUUUCUAACUAGAACGUUCCCAGAUACUUUUUCUUGAUCUAUUUUGCAGAAAAAUCAAAGUUGAACAAAUCUCAAAUUUUUGACGAAAACGACGGACUAACACCUUUGGAAAAAUGCUAAUUUUGCGUUUUUCGUAAACAGUUGUUUUUAUAGUCUUUAAAGUCUUCUUUUUUAUCUAGAACGUCAGCAAACUCUUUUUCUCGAUCUAUUUUUGAUAAGCAGAAAAGAUGAAAAAACUUCAACUUUUUGACCAACAUCAUGGACUAUCCCCUUUGCAAAAAUGCCAAUUUUGCCUUCUUUUUAAAUACAUGUUUAUAUUGUCUAAAAACGCUUGUUUUCUAACGAGAACGUGACCAAAUACUUUUUCUGGGUGUAUUUUGCAUAAAACGAAACGUAAACAAAAUUAACAUUUUUGACCAACACCAUGGACUGACCCCUUUGGAAAAAUGCCAAUUUUGUGGGUUUUUAAACCGACGUUUUCCUUGUUCAGAAAGGCUUGUUUCCUAUAUAACACGUCCAAAAUCGUUUUUUUCUCGAUCUAUUAUUAGGUUCUAUGACCUGGGAGUACAGGGGUUAGAGGGGGUUACAAGGGGUGAAAGGGGUUGACAAGGGGUUACAGGGGGUGACAAAGGGCUACAAGGGGUUACAAGGGGUUACAGGGGGUUAAAAAGGGUUAGUGGGGGUUACAAGGGGUGACAAGGGGUUACAGAGGGUUACAAUGGAUUAUAGAAACUCUUUUCUAACUAGAACGUUCCCAGAUACUUUUUCUUGAUCUAUUUUGCAGAAAAAUCAAAGUUGAACAAAUCUCAAAUUUUUGACGAAAACGACGGACUAACUCCUUUGGAAAAAUGCUAAUUUUGGGUUUUUCGUAAACAGUUGUUUUUAUAGUCUUUAAAGUCUUCUUUUUUAUCUAGAACGUCAGCAAACUCUUUUUCUCGAUCUAUUUUUGAUAAGCAGAAAAGAUGAAAAAACUUCAACUUUUUGACCAACAUCAUGGACUAUCCCCUUUGCAAAAAUGCCAAUUUUGCCUUCUUUUUAAAUACAUGUUUAUAUUGUCUAAAAACGCUUGUUUUCUAACGAGAACGUGACCAAAUACUUUUUCUGGGUGUAUUUUGCAUAAAACGAAACGUAAACAAAAUUAACAUUUUUGACCAACACCAUGGACUAACCCCUUUGGAAAAAUGCCAAUUUUGUGGGUUUUUAAACCGACGUUUUCGUUGUUCAGAAAGGCUUGUUUGCUAUAUAAAAGGUCGAAAAUCGUUUUUUCUCGAUUUAUUUUCAGGUUCUAUGACAUGGGAAUACAGGGGUUACAGGGGGUUACAAGGGGUUACAAAGGGUAACAGGGGUUGACAAGGGGUUAUAGGGGGUUACAAGGGGUUACAGGGGGUUACAAAGGGUUACAAAGGGUUACAAGGGGUUACAGGGGGUUACAAGGGGUGACAAGGGGUUACAGAGGGUUACAAAGAAUUAUAGAAACUUUUUUCUAACUAGAACGUUCCCAGAUACUUUUUCUUGGUCUAUUUUGCAGAAAAAUCAAAGUUGAACAAAUCUCAAAUUUUUGACGAAAACGACAGACUAACCCCUUUAGAAAAAUGCUAAUUUUGCGUUUUUCGUAAACAGUUGUUUUCAUAGUCUUUAAAGUCUUCUUUUUUAUCUAGAACGUCAGCAAACUCUUUUUCUCGAUCUAUUUUUGAUAAGCAGAAAAGAUGAAAAAACUUCAACUUUUUGACCAACAUCAUGGACUAUCCCCUUUGCAAAAAUGCCAAUUUUGCCUUCUUUUUAAAUACAUGUUUAUAUUGUCUAAAAACGCUUGUUUUCUAACGAGAACGUGACCAAAUACUUUUUCUGGGUGUAUUUUGCAUAAAACGAACCGUAAACAAAAUUAACAUUUUUGACCAACACCAUGGACUGACCCCUUUGGAAAAAUGCCAAUUUUGUGGGUUUUUAAACCGACGUUUUCGUUGUUCAGAAAGGCUUGUUUGCUAUAUAAAAGGUCGAAAAUCGUUUUUUCUCGAUUUAUUUUCAGGUUCUAUGACAUGGGAAUACGGGGGUUACAGGGGGUUACAGGGGGUUACAAGGGGUUACAAAGGGUGACAGGGGGUGACAAGGGGUUACAAGGGGUUACAAAGGGUGACAGGGGGUUACAAGGGGUUACAGGGGGUUACAAGGGGUGACAAGGGGUUACAGAGGGUUACAAAGGAUUAUAGAAACUUUUUUCUAGCAAGAACGUUCCCAGAUACUUUUUCUUGGUCUAUGUUGCAGAAAAAUCAAAGUUAAACAAAUCUCAAAUUUUUGGCGAAAACGACGGACUAACCCCUUUGGAAAAAUGCUAAUUUUGCGUGUUUCGUAAACAGUUGUUUUUAUAGUCUUUAAAGUCUUCUUUGUUAUCUAGAACGUCAGCAAACACUUUUUCUCGAUCUAUUUUUGAUAAGCAGAAAAGAUGAAAACACUUCAACUUUUUGACCAACAUCUUGGACUAUCCCCUUUGCAAAAAUGCCAAUUUUGCCUUCUUUUUAAAUACAUGUUUAUAUUGUCUAAAAACGCUUGUUUUCUAACGAGAACGUGACCAAAUACUUUUUCUGGGUGUAUUUUGCAUAAAACGAACCGUAAACAAAAUUAACAUUUUUGACCAACACCAUGGACUGACCCCUUUGGAAAAAUGCCAAUUUUGUGGGUUUUUAAACCGACGUUUUCGUUGUUCAGAAAGGCUUGUUUGCUAUAUAAAACGUCGAAAAUCGUUUUUUCUCGAUUUAUUUUCAGGUUCUAUGACAUGGGAAUACAGGGGUUACAGGGGGUUACAAGGGGUUACAAAGGGUGACAGGGGGUGACAAGGGGUUACAGGGGGUUACAAGGGGUUACAGGGGGUUACAAAGGGUUACAAAGGGUUACAAGGGGUUACAGGGGGUUACAAGGGGUGACAAGGGGUUACAGAGGGUUACAAAGGAUUAUAGAAACUUUUUUCUAACAAGAACGUUCCCAGAUACUUUUUCUUGGUCUAUUUUGGAGAAAAAUCAAAGUUGAACAAAUCUCAAAUUUUUGACGAAAAUGACGGACUAACCACUUUGGAAAAAUGCUAAUUUUGCGUGUUUCGUAAACAGUUGUUUUUAUAGUCUUUAAAGUCUUCUUUUUUAUCUAGAACGUCAGCAAACACUUUUUCUCGAUCUAUUUUUGAUAAGCAGAAAAGAUGAAAACACUUCAACUUUUUGACCAACAUCAUGGACUAUCCCCUUUGCAAAAAUGCCAAUUUUGCCUUCUUUUUAAAUACAUGUUUAUAUUGUCUAAAAACGCUUGUUUUCUAACGAGAACGUGACCAAAUACUUUUUCUGGGUGUAUUUUGCAUAAAACGAAACGUAAAAAAAAUUAACAUUUUUGACCAACACCAUGGACUAACCCCUUUGGAAAAAUGCCAAUUUUGUGGGUUUUUAAACCGACGUUUUCGUUGUUGAGAAAGGCUUGUUUGCUAUAUAAAACGUCGAAAAUCGUUUUUUCUCGAUCUAUUUUCAGGUUUUAUGACAUGGGAAUACAGGGGUUACAGGGGGUUACAAGGGGUUACAAAGGGUGACAGGGGGUGACAAGGGGUUACAGGGGGUUACAAGGGGUUACAAGGGGUUACAAGGGGUUACAAGGGGUUACAAGGGGUUACAAGGGGUUACAAGGGGUGACAAGGGGUUACAGAGGGUUACAAAGGAUUAUAGAAACUUUUUUCUAACUAGAACGUUCCAAGAUACUUUUUCUUGGUCUAUUUUGCAGAAAAAUCAAAGUUGAACAAAUCUCAAAUUUUUGACGAAAACGACGGACUAACCCCUUUGGAAAAAUGCUAAUUUUGCGUUUUUCGUAAACAGUUGUUUUUAUAGUCUUUAAAGUCUUCUUUUUUAUCUAGAACGUCAGCAAACACUUUUUCUCGAUCUAUUUUUGAUAAGCAGAAAAGAUGAAAAAACUUCAACUUUUUGACCAACAUCAUGGACUAUCCCCUUUGCAAAAAUGCCAAUUUUGCCUUCUUUUUAAAUACAUGUUUAUAUUGUCUAAAAACGCUUGUUUUCUAACGAGAACGUGACCAAAUACUUUUUCUGGGUGUAUUUUGCAUAAAACGAAACGUAAACAAAAUUAACAUUUUUGACCAACACCAUGGACUAACCCCUUUGGAAAAAUGCCAAUUUUGUGGGUUUUUAAACCGACGUUUUCGUUGUUCAGAAAGGCUUGUUUGCUAUAUAAAACGUCGAAAAUCGUUUUUUCUCGAUUUAUUUUCAGGUUCUAUGACAUGGGAAUACAGGUUUUACAGGGGGUUACAAGGGGUUACAAAGGGUGACAGGGGGUGACAAGGGGUUACAGGGGGUUACAAGGGGUUACAGGGGGUUACAAAGGGUCACAAGGGGUUACAGGGGGUUACAAGGGGUGACAAGGGGUUACAGAGGGUUACAAAGAAUUAUAGAAACUUUUUUCUAACUAGAACGUUCCCAGAUACUUUUUCUUGAUCUAUUUUGCAGAAAAAUCAAAGUUGAACAAAUCUCAAAUUUUUGACGAAAACGACGGACUAACCCCUUUGGAGAAAUUCUAAUUUUGGGUUUUUCGUAAACAGUUGUUUUUAUAGUCUUUAAAGGCUUCUUUUUUAUCUAGAACGUCAGCAAACACUUUUUCUCGAUCUAUUUUUGAUAAGAGAAAAGAUGAAAAAACUUCAACUUUUUGACCAACAUCAUGGACUAUCCCUUUUGCAAUAAUACCAAUUUUGCCUUCUUUUUAAAUACAUGUUUAUAUUGUCUAAAAACGCUUGUUUUCUAACGAGAACGUGACCAAAUACUUUUUCUGGGUGUAUUUUGCAUAAAACGAAACGUAAACAAAAUUAACAUUUUUGACCAACACCAUGGACUAACCCCUUUGGAAAAAUGCCAAUUUUGUGGGUUUUUAAACCGACGUUUUCGUUGUUCAGAAAGGCUUGUUUGCUAUAUAAAACGUCGAAAAUCGUUGUUUCUCGAUUUAUUUUCAGGUUCUAUGACAUGGGAAUACAGGGGUUACUGGGGGUUACAAGGGGUUAAAAAGGGUGACAGGGGGUGACAAGGGGUUACAGGUGGUUACAAGGGGUUAUAGGGGGUUACAAAGGGUCACAAGGGGUUACAGGGGGUUACAAGGGGUGACAAGGGGUUACAGAGUGUUACAAAGAAUUAUAGAAACUUUUUUCUAACUAGAACGUUCCCAGAUACUUUUUCUUGAUCUAUUUUGCAGAAAAAUCAAAGUUGAACAAAUCUCAAAUUUUUGACGAAAACGACGGACUAACCCCUUUGGAGAAAUUCUAAUUUUGGGUUUUUCGUAAACAGUUGUUUUUAUAGUCUUUAAAGUCUUCUUUUUUAUCUAGAACGUCAGCAAACACUUUUUCUUGAUCUAUUUUUGAUAAGAGAAAAGAUGAAAAAACUUCAACUUUUUUACCAACAUCAUGGACUAUCCCUUUUGCAAUAAUGCCAAUUUUGCCUUCUUUUUAAAUACAUGUUUAUAUUGUCUAAAAACGCUUGUUUUCUAACGAGAACGUGACCAAAUACUUUUUCUGGGUGUAUUUUGCAUAAAACGAAACGUAAACAAAAUUAACAUUUUUGACCAACACCAUGGACUAACCCCUUUGGAAAAACGCCAAUUUUGUGGGUUUUUAAACCGACGUUUUCGUUGUUCAGAAAGGCUUGUUUGCUAUAUAAAAGGUCGAAAAUCGUUUUUUCUCGAUUUAUUUUCAGGUUCUAUGACAUGGGAAUACAGGUUUUACAGGGGGUUACAAGGGGUUACAAAGGGUGACAGGGGGUGACAAGGGGUUACAGGGGGUUACAAGGGGUUACAGUGGGUUACAAAGCGUCACAAGGGGUUACAGGGGGUUACAAGGGGUGACAAGGGGUUACAGAGGGUUACAAAGAAUUAUAGAAACUUUUUUCUAA